CCAGGGAUCUGCAGCAUCACUGAGCUGGUGCAGUGCAAAACGCCCACUCAUCAUCACCGAUGGUGUGCAGAACAAGGGGGACAUUAAAAAAAACCUUCUGAAACUAAAAAAAAAUCCCACAUCCUUUUUCUUAAACAAACAAAAAAAAAAUCCACAAGAAAAAAUUCAUCAUGAGCUAUGAUACCUUCUUCUCCUACCGCCGCCCUUGGGACAGCUACAGAGGCUCCCAAACCACCACCAAAUCCUCGAUGUCUUCCUCCCUCUACGCUUCUCCUCGAGCUCCUCCGUCCGGGAAGAGGAUCCAGAGGCUGGCCUCCUCUUCCCUGCCAGACCGGUCUGAGCGGAUGGACCUGGCUCAUGCCAGCUCCCUCAACACAGAGCUGCUGGGCGUGCGCUCCCAGGAGAAGGAGCAGCUGGUGGACCUGAACGACCGCUUCGCAACCUACAUCGAGAAGGUGAGGCACCUGGAGCUGCAGAACCGAGCCCUGCUGGCCGAGCUGGAGGCGCUGAGGAGGCGGCAGAGCGAGCCGUCCCGUCUGCAGACGCUCUAUGAGGGGCAGUCGCGCAGCCUGAGGGCCAUGAUCGACUCGGAGAACGGCGAGAAGAUGCGGAUGGAGGCGGAGAGAGACUACCUGCAUGACGUGUAUGAGCAGAUGAAGGAACGCUUUGAGGAGGAGGCGAGGCGGCGCAUAGAUGCUGAGGAGGCCCUGCAGAGGGCCAGGGAGAAGGCCAGCAGGGCCGUGCUCUCCAACUGCGACGCCGAGGCCACCGUGGUCUCUCUCUGCGAUGAGAUGGUGUUCCUAAAGAAGGUCUUUGCAGAGGAGCAAGCGGAGCUGCAGGCCCAGCUGCAGGUGGCCAACAUCAGCGUGGACGUGGACGUCUCCCGUCCUGACCUCUCCACUGCCCUGCGGGACAUCAGGGCACAGUACGAGCGGCUGGCAAACAAGAACAUGCAAACCGCCGAAGACUGGUACAAGAGCAAGUUCGCGAGUGUGGCGGAGAUGGCCAGCAAAAACAACGAGGCCGUGCACGCCAUCCGGGAGGAGACCAUGGAGUACCGGAGACUGCUUCAGUCCCGCUCCUCUGAGAUCGAAUCUCUCCGGAACGUCAUUGACUCCCUGAACAAGCAGCUGGAGGAUCUGGAGGAGACGCAGGACAAAGAGGUGGCAAAGUACCAGAUGAGGAUAAGUGAGCUGGAGCGGGAUAUCAACGACGCCAAGCAGGAGAUGGCGCGCUACCUGAGGGAUUACCAAGACCUUCUCAAUGUGAAGAUGGCGCUGGACAUUGAAAUAGCUGCGUACAGGAAACUCCUGGAGGGAGAAGAGAUCCGUCUGGCUUACCCUUCCCUUGCCAUUCUUAACUAAAACCUAAAUGCCACCAGCCUGGCAUCAACCUGGAUACUUCAUUCCCCUUCUUUCCUGUCCUGAACAUCACCUCUCUCCCUCCCUCCCUCCCUCCCUCCCUUCCUCUCUCAUUUCUUUAACAUUAUCUCCUCUGUUAUCUCCCCCCCCCCUCCCAGAUACUCCAUUACUCCUCCCAAAUCGCAAUCCAAAGCUCAUCCUUCUCAAGACAGAUGCGCCCUUGUGAAAAACAAGAGGUCCACCAGAAGUCCCCCUUCUUCUACACACGUUCUGACACCACACAUCAAGGAGAUGGCAAACUGUAAAAACGCAGAGUGGCUGCGCUGCAUUAGUUGCAUAGCUAAGUCGGACGGCAGUAUUGUUUUUGGCCGAGUUCCUCUCUGUCACGCACGUUAAGGUCCAAGCAGCAGAGUUCCUAUUUGACUCUUGUCAACCCUCGUUGUGCAAACAUUUGACCAAUUGUUUGUGAAGGAGGAUAAAUCCCCCAUUCAUCUCUUGAUGCUUGGACUUUAUCUGUGUUUGAACUGAUGCAAGAAACCUGCAGCAUUAUUGACCGGGAACUCUACCAAUCGAUCCAUGCGUUGUCCUGCACCCCUGGCUCUCUAGUAGUCAGUGAAACAGUAACCUUAAAAGAAUUCUUUUCACUAUAUUAAAACUCAUUGUUGUCUUUUUUUUAGUUAUUCUUCCUCUGCAUUUACACAAAUACUACAAGUUUGGUUGGUUUAAAAACCAGAGGGAGUUUGGGUCGUUUCUAUUUGGCCGGUUAUUUAAAUUUCUAAUUUCUAAUAAGCAUCUGGACAUGUAAAUGCUGUGGAAGACUAAUUGUUACUGGUUUCUCCGUAUAUAUCCAUGCAGUGUGUCUCACAGCUUAUCUGCAUUCGAUUAGUUUUUUUUUGGUUCUGUGAGUUCAUUCAAAGCUAAAUGAUUAAACUGAAAGAGAAGUGCAGGAGCUCCUUGUUGUCUGUCUGCUGAUGUUAGAUCUAAAUGGUGCUUUACAUCUGUGAAACUAAUACAAAGUUUGCACCAUCAAGCUCGGUGUACCUGUAACGGCCGGCAACAAGCUGAAUAAACAUAUAACUGACCUGCAAAUCAA